GCGAGAAGCUACGCAUGCGGUUCGGUGAGCUGAGUGGCAUAGGCAUUUUCGUUUCACCUCCACCUCAUAAUGGUUCUGAUAUCGAGCGAAACACUGCGAGGAUGUUUUGUAGCAUUACUCGUUUCGUUCGCCUCGGCAAACCCAGUGCAGCCGGCAGACAUCAGCAUUGUCGAAGCUACCGUGGAAGGAUUGCAGAACGCAUUGACCAGCGGUCGGAUCAACGCGGUCCAGUUACUUGCAAAACACCUCCAUCGGAUCGCGCGAUACUCACGUCGAGGACCACAGCUCAAUGCCAUUCCUGUUCUGAACCCAUCAUUGUUUGACGAUGCGCAAGCCUCAGAUGAAUAUCGUUCAAGCACGGCGGGAGAGACUCGCUCUCUUCUUGAGGGUAUUCCCUUCACGGCGAAAGACAGCUAUAUGCUGGCCGGUGUCCCGGUGGCUGCCGGCUCCCCUGCAUUUCAGAACUUGACUGCUAGUGUGGAUGCCUUUACAAUCAGCCGGAUCAAGAAGGCUGGCGGCAUAGCCAUUGGGAAAACUAAUAUGCCUCCCAUGGCCAACGGUGGUAUGCAGCGAGGGCUGUACGGAAGAGCAGACAGUCCUUACAACAGGGAUUUUCUUGCUGCUGCCAUGGGGUCUGGCUCUUCCAAUGGUUGCGGAUCGUCUACUUCUGCGAGCAUGGCAGUCUUCGGCUUAGCUGAAGAGACAGUGUCAUCAGGGCGAUCACCAGCAUCCAACAAUGGACUUGUUGCAUACACUCCGUCCCGCGGUAUUCUUUCCAUGCGUGGUAAUUGGCCUCUUCAGCCAUCAGCCGAUGUCGUGGUUCCGCAUACCAGGACAGUCAAGGAUAUGUUGGCUUUGCUCGACAUCCUCGUCGUCACGGAUAACGACACCACGUCUGAUUUCUGGCGAGGACAACCUUUCGUUACUCUUCCCCACGUUGAGAGCAUCCGACCAGCAUCUUACUUCGCGCUCGCUGACCCACAUUCACUCAAAGGCAAGCGCAUCGGAGUUCCUCGUAUGUUUAUCGGCGAGCACGACCCCGCAGCAGUGCCGGUUUACAUUCGGGACUCAGUACGUGAGCUUUGGAAUGACGCCCGCGCAACGUUAGAGUCUCUUGGUGCCACGGUGCAAGAAGUUGACUUCCCUGCUGUCACCAAUUACGAUGUCCCUCCAAUUCAAAAUGAGGUGGGAACCAAAUGGCCCAUUCCGAGCUACUUUAACGGCAGUAGUGGGCCCAACUACACUGAGAUUGUUGCAUACGCUUGGGAUGACUUUCUGCACAUGGUAAACGACACAACCAGUGUAACCAGGCUUGUCGACGUCGACCCAGAUUUGAUAUUUCCACAGAUCCCCGGCACUCUUCCUGAUCGGUGGAGCAACACAUUCAGCAACAGUUCCGGUAGCUACGACGGUUAUGUUGCAGCCGCAGCGAUUCGCGGCGGGAGGAGCAUUUUCGACAUGCCCGGUCUAGGCACCUACCUACACAUGCUGGAGGAUCGCCGCAAACGAGACCUGGAGGCAUGGAUGGACCAGCUCGGGCUUGAUCUCGUGGUUUGGCCUUCUGCGGGUGACGUUGGCCCAGAAGAUGCAGAAACAAACUCGACUGCUGCUGAGCUGGCAUGGCGAAACGGUGUGGCGAGAUCGAAUGGCAACGCUGCGAUCCGUCAGCUGGGUAUUCCUACCGUCAGCGUCGUCAUGGGCGUUAUGAACGACACCCGUAUGCCAGUAGACCUAACUUUUGCGUCGAAAGCAUACCAUGACAAUGCGCUAUUGAGCUAUGGCUACGCAUUUGAGCAAGCCCAAGGUAAACGCCCUGUCCCUUCGCGAACACCAACCUUGGAUUCAGACAUCAUACAUGGGAAAGUCUCGAAAAGAACACGCGCAAACACACAGGCGCCCAAGUUGCAUGCUGAGGCUAUGCGGGUCGACAAGAGCACUAUCGUUGUCUCAGGCUAUGUUUCACACAACACUUCGACCGAAGUCGAGGUCUUUGUAGACGGGAUCAAUGUUGGCUACGUCGCGCGUGGCAACAAUGAGUGGAGCAUUGAAACCGAUGUGUCGCCAUGGAAAGCGUCAGAAUUCCCUCAAAUCAAUGACCCUGAUCAGAGGCUGGCGAUGAUUGUGGUAGUAGCAUCAGCGCUGAAUGGAAGGUCAGACGGCAAACUGCUUUUUGCGUAGUCGGAGGCCCUUUAAACCAUCUUUCUAUAUAGAGACAAUGGAGACAACAACUCUUUGUUGCAUUUAUUCAAGAUCAUGGGAUUCGUGUUGCAG